ACCUAAGACACUCCUAGGUGAGUUUAAAAGAGAAACUCGCACAUCAGAGGUAGAGACAGAACCAUGAGACAGGUUGAUAAUUUUAAUAGGCUCCCUUCCAAGGUGAAGAUGUUUCCGCUGUUCCUAAGUCUAGUAUUUACCAGUUAUGUAACAGCACAGACAGAUUGCUCUCAGCAAGCAUGCUACCCCACAUCAGGAGAUCUAGUCAUAGGUCGGAUGGAUAAACUACAAGCGUCAUCUACAUGUGGUCUUUAUGCAUCUGAGAGAUACUGCAGCCCAAGGACAUACUAUGGACGGGAGUUACUGCAGUGCUGCAUCUGUGACUCUAGAAAUGAAUACAAUCCUGUAUAUUUCACAAACAGCCAUCGAAUUAAGAAUGUGGCUUCUUCAAGUGUAUUGAGGAGCUGGUGGCAAUCAAAAAAUGAUCAGAAUCAAGUGUAUAUACAGUUAGACAUGGAAGGGAAAUUCCAACUGAAUGAAGUUCUUCUAAGAUUCAAGUCUCCACGGCCAGCAGCCAUGAUGAUUGAGCGCUCCACGGAUUUUGGUCAAACCUGGAAACUAUACCAGUAUUUUGCUGAUGAUUGUGCUGCCUCCUUCCCUCAAAUCCAAACAGGACAACCUCGCAGCUUUGAUGAUGUGCGUUGUCAAGUACAACCCCGGAAUCAAGAUUCACCAGAUGACCAGGUUGCAUUUAACCCACUCAAGCUGACUGAUUAUAUCAGUGGUUCAAAGAGCAACAAGAUUAACAACAUGGCACCAUUUACAAACCUGAGGAUUAAUUUUAUCAAACCAUACAAGCCAGCUUUAUCCCAUGAGCUUCAUAAUGUCAACAACUUCUAUGCUGUGUAUGACAUGAAGGUUCAAGGCAGCUGUUUCUGUAAUGGUCAUGCAUCUUGUUGCAUCUCAGAAGGUAACUCUGCGCAUACUCCACGAGGACCAAGAAAAAUGAUUCAAGAACAAUGUGUCUGUAAGCACAAUACUGCAGGUAAAAAUUGUGAGAUGUGUGCGAGCUUCUAUAAUGACCAACCUUGGAAGCCAGCUGAUGAUUACAAUACCAAUCAAUGUAAAAAGUGCAACUGUAACAAUCACUCCGAGAAGUGUCACUUUGAUGCCGAGGUGUAUCGAGCCAGUGGAGGAAUCAGUGGUGGAGUCUGUGAGGACUGCCAGCACAACACAAUGGGAAACAACUGUGAGAAAUGCAAACCCUCUUUCUAUCGCAGGCCACGACAAGAUGUUACAGCGAUUGACGCGUGCAUUCAAUGUACAUGCAAUGGGCUGGGGUCCCAGCCUGAUGGUAGCUGCAAUCCCACCACCGGCCAGUGUAAUUGUCUACCAAACGUGAUAGGUUCAAACUGUGACAGGUGUGCUGAGGGCUACUGGAACUUGAGAAGAGGGAUUGGCUGCGAGCCAUGUAGCUGUGAUUCCAGAAACUCUUACAACCAGCGCUGUGAUCAGGUCACAGGCCAGUGUCCUUGCAGGGCAACAAACAGUGGAAGAACAUGCAGCACAACAAAUUUACAAGAAUGUCCAGACAACUACUACAGUUUGGGUACAGAAUGCGUACGAUGUGAUUGUGACCGAAGUGGCACCGAGACCAGCGGAUGUGACAAGAGUUCAGGACAAUGCCUGUGUAGCGCAGGUUUUACAGGGAGGCGCUGUAAUGAGUGCAAGUGGGCCCGUGGUUACUGCUCUGACUUUCCAAACUGCAAACAGUGCCAUCCAUGUUUCCACAUCGUGGAUAAUCAACUCAGCACAUUAAAUAUUCGACACAAGGCCCUGGUAAACAUAAAGCUGCCAACUCAUGUGGGAAAUGAUUAUGAUUCAGAGACACGUGCCUUAGACAAUAAACUGCAACAAGUUCGGGAAAUAAUUAGCAUUCCAGCCGUGACAGAAAGCACAAUCACAGACGUGAACAACAACCACAACCGGCUCAGGGCAGAGGCUGAGAAGAUCAACUCUGAUACCAAUGUUGUGGAUCAAAAUUAUCGCCUGAGCAACGAAAUGGAUGUCUUGGAUAGUAACAUAAAAAACAUCAACGGUCAACUACAGAGCACAAAGGAAAAAAUUGACCUUUUCAUCAGUGAAGGCUCACAAGGCACACAAGGUACUUUCAACAACAUACUUUCAUCAUAUCAACUGUCUGGAAAAGCAAAAGACAGGAUUGUUGCUGUGGAACCCAUCAUUCUUAAAUCUAGAGAAUCUCGGUUAACUGCAAAUCAGCUUAUUAAACAUGUAAACACAGAAAACAGGAAUAAACUGGAGAAGCUGAAAGAUGGUCUGAAGUCUCCCAAUGUAAAUCCUCUCAUCAACAAAGUCUGUGGUGGCUCUAGGGAGGAACCGUGCACAGCAGAAAGGUGCCCAGGCGAUCUUUGUCCUGAAACCUGCGAAGGUAUCAACUGCCAGGGGACACUUCGUCUGGCUAAGAAAGCAAUUGAAGAUGCAGAGAGAGGGAGUAUUUCCAUACCAGAUGUCUCCAACAGAAUCACGCAACUCGCCAAAAGGCUUGAAAGUACAGAUCAAAAGGCACAACAAAUGAGAAGCAACACCUUACGUUUGACACAACAAGUUGUCUCAGCCAAAGAUCAGAUGCAAAAAAACAUUGCAGACAUCAAGACCCUCAUUGCUACAAUCAAAGAUUUCCUGACAUCAACCCAGGCAGACCCAGAUGAAAUUCAGAGAAUUAGUGAGCUUGUUCUCUCACUCAAACUUCCCACUGAUACUAUUACAAUCAGAGAUAAGAUCACCAGUUUACGCAACAUUGCAGCCAGAAUUCCUGACGUAAGCGAAAUAUUAGCAAACACACAGGAUGAUGUUGCCAAAGCUAAGGUGCUUCUUGAAGAUGCAAACAAUGCCAGGGACAGAGCUAGCAGAGUGAAGGAUAACAUCGACGAAGUGCAGGGUGCUCUGACCGAUGCCAAUGAGGCUCUGAGGAAUGUGAAUGACAUGAUUGAAGAUGCCACCGAGGCUAUUGACACCAUCCAGGAAAAAACCACAAAGAUCGAGGACAAGCUCACUCACACAGAAACUAAUCUGCAGGAUAUAACAGAUCGUCUCAGGGACCUCACUGAUAAAAUCAACAACCUGCAGAAGCAGAAUGAUGCUAAUUGGCAGAGGGCCACAACGUUAGAAACCAGAGCUCUUAAUUCACGAAGCAUUGGUGUCAAGGCUGAGCAGGAUCUGAAGCAACUUAUUUCCUUGUAUGAGAAACUACAAAAUAAAGUUCCAGAAUCACUUCCAAAAGACCUGAUAGGUCGAGUAAAUCGGGUUAGAUUCGAGGCUGAUUACUAUUUUAAAGAGGUUCAACAGAGGAUGCAGGAAAUUGGAGCAAUUGAACGAAAUUUUGCAGAAGGAAAUAAGCAACUGGAGAUGAAAUUUGCUCAACUGGAAGAUUAUCAGAAUAAAGUGAUCAAGAUCAAGGAAUACAUUGAAUCUCGAGCACAAUACUAUGACCAAUGCACACCAUAACUAUUCAUGGGCAUUGUGUGAGAUUUAGAUAAAUUAUUUCUUCUACAGUCAUCUUUGUAUUUGAAUGUUAAAACUGCAUUCAGAUUGGACCUUUAAAUAUGUGAUUCAGAAGGAGUGAGUGAUUCAGUCCCACUUGGAAGCAACUUUGCCCUCAUCAAAUAUGAAUAAGAAAUAUCCUGAUAAACAUUUUUAUUCUCAUUUGCACAUUUCCAAUGAGUCCAAUUUUUGUGAAUAUAAAAACUUAGGUUUACCAGACUACAAAAGAGCCUUUAUUGAGUUAUUGUAUUUCAAUAAAUGAUAAUUUAUCACA